CCAUUUAGUUGUUACAUCUGCCUUAGUUUACUUCCUACUACGCUAGAAAGCAACCACAUAUAAUUAGCAGCUCAAGGGUCGAUUCAGUGAUCCGUCGAUAACAAUUAAAUCUCUUUACCGGAGAGGAACUUAUACCGAAAUGUCAACCCAAUUUUCGGCCAAGUGUUUUCUAGUUGUAUUAUCAGCAGUCAUCGGUUUGAGUGCGGCCCACAAUAUUCUCGUCCUAACGCCCAUCACCUCGCCCAGCCACAGCAAUGUGUUCAAACCGUUGGUGGCCGAGUUGGCCGAUCGUGGCCACUUUGUUACUUACUGGAACGGUUUAUUGCAAUCAGACAAAUCGAGUUCGGUGAUUCAAAGCAAUCAGACGACGACCAACAGCUCCAACUUGCGACUUUUAACUUCUCCGAAUCUGGUGAGGCUCAACAGGCAACAUCAAAUCGAUUUCAACGAUCGUGACAGCCCAUUUCGUCUCCUAUUCAGAAUGCAAGCCACGAUUGAGAGAUAUUGCAGAGCCAUUUAUGAGGAUCCUGUCUUUCAUUGGCUGAUGAACUCGAAGGAGCGAUACGAUCUUAUUAUCCUCGACGGAUUUUCCAACGAUUGCACUUUACUGUUGGCCGAAGUCUUUGAUGUGCCAUUUAUUUACCUGAACUGUUUCCCUCCUUCUCCGUGGCUUCUGUACGCCAUCGGUUCGCCACUGGCCCUGGAUCACUUUCCAAAUCCUGCCGGAACAAGAGACAAGAUGGAUUUGUGGCAGCGAACGUUCAACGUAGUGACCAGUGUCUUUGCCGUCUACUUUCACCGCUGGCUGGUUCUUCCUGAAAUCGAUCGGGUGGCAUCCAAAGUGCUCGGAAAAAACAACUUGACCUCCGUUGCUGCGAUUGAAAAUCGUUACCUGAGCCUCAUUUUGUCCAACACACAUUUCAGCAUUAAUUUCCAGCUCCCUACUUCACCGGCCGUCGUGGAAGUUGGCGGAUUGCACUUGGGAGAAGCUCGAAAUGAAAUUCCCAAGGAAUUAGUUUCGUUUCUCGACGGUUCCGGUGACGCUGGAUUCAUCAUUGUGAGUUUCGGUUCAAUGUUGAGAGGUGACGGACUUCCAAAAAAUUUCCGCCGUUUAUUUCUGUCCGUUUUCGCCCGACUAACCCAACGAGUCGUGUGGAAAUGGGAGGAUCAAAGCAAAUUAGGAGAAAGAGAAGGAUUGAUCCCGUCCAAUGUCAAAACCAUUUCUUGGUUGCCGCAAAAGGAAUUGUUGAGCCAUCGAAAUGCUCGACUUUUCAUCUCGCAUGGCGGACUCCUCAGUAAACAAGAGACCGUCUUUCACGGUGUACCUGCCAUCUUUUUGCCCAUCUUUGCUGACCAGCCGAUCAAUGCCCAAAAAGCCGAAGACGAUGGAUACGCCAUUCGUCUGGACUUGGGCAAACUAACAGAAGAAAUACUUUACAAUUCCAUCCAAGCUAUUCUGACUAAUCCGAGGUAUGCUAAAAGAAUUGGACAAGUUUCGGCUCUGAUGCACGAUCAGAUUGACAAUCCGAUGGACCGAGCCAUUUACUGGAUAGAAUACGUCAUCCGCCACCAGGGUGCGCCACAUUUACGGAAUGCAUCCAGGGAUCUUUUUCUCCUUCAGCGCGGCCUUUUCGAUGUGUUUCUCGUCAUUUUGGCCGCCUGUCUACUGAUGGCUUACGGAGCCGUCUAUCUCUGUGCUGCUGUUUGCCACUCCCGAUAUGGUUCUAAAAAGUUGGCUGUUGAUCUGAACAAAAAAGGUGAGUAACUAGCCGUCUAUGAAACCUGUUUACAGCAGAAUCCGACAGAAGACAACCCAAAGGCUAUGGAGCAAAGCUCAUACUCUAGCUCGUAUACUUAUAAAUAUUUCUCUUUCGUUCAAGUAAAACUAGUUUUUGAUAUGUAUGAACAAGUGUGUCUGUAAUAGGCUGUAUUUAAGCACGUACGGGAAUUCACCGAACAACACUUUUUGUUCUGUACACACAAAACUGAAUACGACACAAAAAUACUUUUACUAAACUUUUAACAUCUGGGCUGAUCCAUCAUGCCGCAGCAGUUCGUGCCGGAGAAAAUCUUCAUUCGUCAUCACGUGCUGGACAAAUGUGAAAUUAUUUAUUCGCCAAUCUCUCCCCCCCCCCUUCCCCAGUUCUAACCACGUGCCAAUUAUUCUCAAAUACUAUGCAUAAUUAUCUACAACCUAGUUCGUAAGGUUUUCGAUUGCGUAUCGCCUCAUCCUGUUUAUGUCAUAUAAAGGCCGCGUGAUACAUUCGUCCUAUUUUCUUGAAUAGCGGUUAUUCUAAACCAAAAAGAAUCACCGUAGAACUUGUUUGUAUGCAGAACGCAGAUGCUGAAUUGAUUACGUGGGGUAUAUUUUUUUUUCUUCUUCGCGUAUAAAUAACCUUCCAAGAAUUCGUAUACCAACGUCAUUUGUCAAUGUCUUAUUUUUUUUUUCUUUUCAUUGAUGUAAAAUAAAAACAACCUUCGUGUUCGAAACUUCAUCUUUGGAAACAAACGCGCUGCGCUGUGUAUGCCGGGAUUUUUAAAUUCCCAUUUUCGUCCCGAGGAUAUGAAUAAUAAAAUCUAAUACUCGUAUAUUUUAACCUGUAACCCAAGGUUGAAAAAAUAAAAUAGUGCAUGCAUGACAUCAAUAAACAAUCAGUAUAGUGGGGCA